AUCGCAGUGCACUGUGCUACGAAACAGACAAAUGACCACUUUAGAGGUUGUUUUUCUCCACUUACAACAAUGAACACGUUUUAAGACUGCCUUGUAGAAGUAACACUGUAUGUGUACACUUUGUUUUCUGGCUGUCACUGCACAGGAUGGCUGUACCUCACAGUGGCCAGUCCUCUCUGGUGCACAGCUUGGCAAAACUCCUGAGAAAUGAUGGCGACUUGGUGCUGGACGGCACCAGCACUCUGACCUUGCCGGCGGUCAGCCUGCAGCACCUCACCAGGCUGUUUGAACAGUACUUGCUGUCCAGGAGCCAGCAGCAUGGGUUCCUCGCCCUGCCCUCCCACCCUGCCGACACUGACUCCCUGCUACAGCUGCAGUUCCUGUUUGACGUCCUGCAGAAGACCAUCUCCCUCAAGCUCAUCAACCCGGCAGGGAUGAGACUUCAGUCAGUGGUGAAAAUCUUUCCAUUCAAGUCUUUAAGAUAUUUGGAGCUGAAGCGAGUCCCUCCACAUUGUCUAGAAGGACUCAGAGGAGUUUACUCCCAGUUGGAGGUCUUUACGUGUUCAAAGAGCCUCAGCUCCCUGGAGGAGCUACUUUCCCUGUGUGGAGGUGACCUGAGCUCUGCACUGCCUUGGCUGGAGCUGCACACGCUCAACUUUAGCUACAACUCCAUUGUUUGCCUCGACCAGUCAAUAAGUUUACUGAACGUCCUGAAGUCCUUAGAUUUAAGCCAUAACAAGAUUCAGGAGUGUGCUGAAUUUCUAAAGCCCUUGAGUGAACUGGAACACUUGAACCUGGGCUACAACUGCCUGCAGAGGGCGCCAACGCUGGGCCUGAGUGCCAGGGCCAAACUCUUCUCACUCAUCCUCAGGAACAAUGAGCUGGAGACUAUUAACGGUGUGGAGCAGUUGUCUUCACUCCAGCACUUAGACCUGGCCUACAACCUGCUGUUGGAGCACUCCCAGCUGGCUCCUCUCUCCCUGCUGCACUGCCUCCACACACUCAACCUGGAGGGCAACCCGCUGUUCUUCCAGAAGACCCACCGUACCUGCACCGUCCGACAUCUCUCCCCAAAGGCUGCAAAACUCAGACUCAAACUUAACGGCUCCUCGCUGUCUUCGUCUGAGUUAUCAGUUCUGCCAAAAUCAGGCCAGCUGAUCGUCCAUAUACAGCCUGCUCCUCCAGUUGCCAUGCCAGCAGAGCGGAGUAACCAGGAAGUGUCCAGCGGUGCUGGGGAGCUGAGUGACAGCAUGUCAGUCGGAGAAGUGGGAAUCUCACACAUGAGGAAGAAGAAAUCCAAGAGUAAGGUGAGAGUUCGGAGGGCCAGCAUAUCAGAGCCCAGUGACACAGACUACGAGCCCCUGCUGCGUUCCUCCUCACAGAGAAUUGUCCUCCCCCACCAGCAGGAGAUUGAGCGCAUGUCUAGCUUCAGAGACCAGCUGGGUGAGGAUUGGCUGAGGUACCAACAUCAUCUAGAUGAAUCUUCCGCCUCCACCAUCAACACAUACCAGCCACCUCCUCACGGUCAACCCCUCCACAACGGCUUCAACGCCACCACACAUCUGUCCUCCAGCCCCGGGCAUCAGCCGUCUCCACCGUCCCUGGAAGUCCCGGAGGUCCUCCCUCCACCGCUGCUCUCAUCUGAGCCCAGAUUGGAGACAUCCGCAGAUGCAGACCUGGAAACAGAGUCCACCCUACAGUGGCCCGGUCAGAGCUCACGGUCCACCUUGGAGGACAGCACGGUGGACGGCCUGGCGGUGAGUCAGGGAGGGGUGAGCUCGCCUGGGCCCAGUCCAGAGUCCCAAAGGUCAGCUGGAGGGCAGAGCGGAGACACCAAGGAGGAAGAAGAAGAAGAGGAGGAUCUGGGAGUGGACCUGUGUCACCCCCUACUUGUGGGUGUCCUAUCUGACAAAGAGGAAGAAGAUGGAGAGGGCCUGGGGGAGAGCAGGAAUAGGAGGAGGGAGGUGUUCCUGCGCAUCAAACAGGGCCUGCUGCUGGAGGUGGACAUGCAGCGCGGUCGAGAGAGAUGCCGUCUGGAGCUCAGCAGCCUGGCUCGGGUGGAGAGCACAGAGGCUGCCUGGACCCGAGGGGAGACAGAAGAGAUGCUUCCGGCUGUGGAGCUUCAGUUCGACUACAUCAGCAGGGAGAAAAGGAGGAGACUCUAUGUCCUGCUUGAUGACGACCCACAACAGUCACUGCAGGCUCUGACUGACGUGCUGACUCAUGUGGCGGAGGAAAACCAGCGGCGUGCCUCCGAGCUCCGUCCCAGCUGUGUGCGCCUGCAGUGCCUUCGCUGCAGGUCAGAGUUCGAGCUCAAGGGAGACGGCAGUGAGGGGGAGGCGGGGGGGAGAGGGAGGAGGAGAGGGGCUGCCCUGCUACCAGAAGGUUUGGAGGAACAGGAUGAGGGGGAACUGUCAGAGUUCAAUGAAGAAACCAAAGGAGACAGUCAUAUUUGUCCAGAAUGUGGUAGCGAUCAUGUGGUCCAGCUGGCUGGCCAAUCAGCUCCCUACUGCAGCACGCCCAUCAAGUGCUCAUCAAUGGUGGAGAGUGAGGACGACCAUCUCGAUCAGGAUGACUACACAGACGCCGGUAUUGGCAGUAGUCCCGUCCUCGAUGCGGCCACAGCGACAGAAGACCAAACCUUCAUGACUGCUCAGGGAAGCUCCUUCAUCAUUGGGGAUGAUCAGGGCGAUACCUCCAGUCUCUCCUACAACACAGAUUACCAAAGUAAAGAGGAUCUGGCUGGGAGCUACCGCUACACCACUACUGGUACACCACCAGCGGUCCAAGCCCCACCUGCAGGAAGAUCCACCCCGAAUGAUGAUUUGGACCUGCUGUCGGAGGACUACGAGGCGGUGGACCAUCGGCUGCAGCUCUUCCUGGACGUGGAGGUCUUUGAGGAGGAAGAGGAGCUGCACUCUUUCCUCAAGAUGUCAGCUGUCAAAUUUGGGGAGCCAGGGCAGGUCCCCUCUCUGCUGGUGGUGUCAAACCAGCGGAUCUAUUUCUUGGAGAUGACGUCAGAAACCCACAGAGGCCAGCUCUCUGAUUGGCUGCAGAAGCGGGACAGCCACCCAAUCAUGGAGCUCAGCUACCUGGAGGUGGGACUGGGCUCUCAGAGCAUCCACAUGGAGUUUGGGGGAGUGGCCUACACCCUCCUUGUGAGGGACAGUUUACGCUGCAAACGCUUCUUUGGCCUCUUGACAGGAAUUGUGCGUGAGAUGGCUCACAAAUCCGACAGCAAGCUGGAGUCGAUCUCCACCACAAGACUCAACCCUCAGCACCAUCUCUGGCCUCUAGUGUGUGAUGACAUCCAGGCAGAUGUGGAGGAUGGCCAGCUGCAGUUUUUCUACAUCCUGGCUUUUGUUCUGCAAGAGGAGAUCUGGAUGCCGCUGACGGUCCUGGCAACCCGGGAAACCCUGUACCUGCUCAGAGAGGACCACCAGUGGAGGAAGAGCUCAAACAGCCUGACAGUGAAUGAAAACCAAGAGCCCAGCAGCGGAGGCGUUACCAUUUUAGAAACGCUACCAAUCAGCUGCGUCAGCUCGGUCAACCUGUGGCCUUCAGACCAGUGCAGGAUGGACUUUAAGCUUUACGAUGAGACGGUGAAACAGGAGAAGACGUGGUGUGUGCGCUCGGAGAGCUCUGAGCUCCUCCAGGGUCUGCUGGCCUGGGUCAGAGCACAGUGGGAAGCCAUGUUCGGAGUAAAACUGCACACAAGCCUGCAACACAAAGCAGCAUAAAGGAGGGAGGGCAUGAAAACCAACUCCUGUGAGUUUUUAUGAGCAUGAAUCUGCGUGUUGGUACUGGGAAGGAGUUUGUCUUUAUUUUCUCUCUACACAGUCUGCACUCAGUCUGGUCCCAUUACGCUCGUAGCUUUCAUCGUCUUUUAGGCCAACAACUUGGAAAUGAUUGCACUCAUUCAUGUGGUACACAAGCCUGUAAAAGCACUGGUUGCAUAAUUCUUUAUCCUCCAGAUACCAUCCUUCUUUUCUCCAGCUGAAGUGGAGUGAGCCUUGAUUCUUAUACAGCUGUUGAAAUGCACCUUAAAGUACUGUUCCUUAAAUCACCGUAACAUCAACUGAUGCGGGUCAGAUUUGGGUUUAGGGAACUAAGAGGGCUUUAAGUUUGGAUUUUUGGAGGAGUAAUGCAAAGAUCUGAGCCUAAAAUAUGCCCCCCCCCCCAUUAAGCUGGACAGAGCCUUUCCUCCUUUCCUCGCCGUCUUGGGGGUGCAACGUGUUGUGACAUCACGCGCUUGAACACGAGGCUGGAAGCCAAGGCUCAAGACGGUGUCAUCGAGGGUCACCUCACUCCCCAAUUAGAGUCUUAUGAUGUGACCUGAAAAGGAAACCAGAAGUGCAAAUGUGCAGAAACUCUGUGAACUUGUCGAAGAUGCAGUUGCAGUUAUUUCUUUACAAAUUGGGGGAAAAAAACGUUUGUGUUUAUUUCCUGAUCGACUGAUUGUUAAAAUGUUUAAGCACUGACAUUAUUCAAAAGUGGAUUUACAUUACUGAGUAUCAACUAAAUGCUUAUGUUCAUAUAAAUGUAAUACAGAAACUCUGCUUCAGUGUGCAUUAUGUAUGUUACCACUGUGAUGUGUCUGUACACAUUAUCAUCAUGCACGGAUGCUGGAAAGAUCAAAAUUAAUUAAUUAAACCAGUUUAACUUCAUUUAUUUCUUUGUUAGCAUUUUUUUCACAUGUGUUAAUGCAAAAAAAAGUAUUUAAAUUUUAUAUACAUACUGGUAAAAAAGUGAA